AAAAGGACGCCACACAGCGUAUAGUAGGUCCUGUGUGCAUGGCGCGCGGUGAACAUUCCAGUGGGCUUCUUCUUGCUCCGAUCCCUGUGACACACACACCUGCUGGUUCUUCUACAUAAACACUAGCAGGGGCUCGAUCGCCUCCGGUGAUACACGAACAGAACAAAUUGAGUACGUACCUUGCAGUGCAAAGCCAGCAGUCACACCUUCGCCAUUGGCGACGCAGGCUCGCCUCCGGUAAUAACAUAUGUCGCCAUCGCUGCUGCUGCUGCUGCUGCUCGUUGCAGCGACGGCGGCGUCUGCCACCGCGGAUAACAGCAGUAGCGUGUCCGCGAUGGCAGGCUGCCAGCGGAGCUGCGGAGGCGUUGACAUACCCUACCCGUUCGGCAUGGGCGACGACGCCUGCUUCCGCCAAGGCUUCGAGAUCCGCUGCAUGAACAACGGCAGCGCCGCCACCGGCGGUGAAAUUCCGGUGCUAGCGGGGACCAACCAGACGAUCCCAGUGCUGAACCUGACCGUGGCGCCGCCUGAGGUCCGCGUGCUCCUGCCGGUGGCAUGGCAGUGCUUCGACUCCGCCGGCAAUAGAACAGGGUUCUACACCGGCAACGUCAACUUCAACGACGCCGGCGUGUACCGCAUCUCCAACGUCUCCAACGAGCUCUACGUGCUCGGCUGCAACACCUUGAUCUAUGUCAAGGGCGGCAAGAACCUGCGCGGCGCUAGCCGAUUCAACUACAAGUUCUACGCCGGCUGCGUGUCUGUGACCAACGACCCUGACGACCCGCAGGACGGUGCCUGCGCGGGCCUCGGCUGCUGCCGCGUCGACAUCCCGCCGGGGCUCACGGACACCUCCAUGACCAUGUACGGUGGCACCGGCGACUGGUCGCACGCCCAGCAGGAGUUCUGCCCCUGCGACUAUGCCUUCGUCGUGGAGAAGGGCAACUACAGCUUCAAGGCAUCCGACCUGACGGCACACGCGCCGGCGACGAGUAACCAGACCCCGACCCAGACCACGGCGCCGCCGCUGCAGGUGGACUGGAGCAUGCCGCUCCGCCUCGACUGGGCCAUCCGCGUCCGCGACAAUAAUGGCAGCUCCAUCACCUGCGCUCAGGCAGCAAGCAAGCCAGGGUACGCCUGUGUGAGCAACCACAGCGAGUGCGUCAACUCAACCAACGGCCCUGGCUACUUCUGCAACUGUACCAAAGGCUACGAGGGUAACCCCUACGUUGACGGUGAAGCUCGUGGAGGAUGCACUAAUAUCAAUGAAUGCCAAAAGCCAGAGUUGAAUUCUUGUCCAAGUGGAAGCAAAUGCAUUGACACAGAUGGUAGCUACAACUGUCCAUGCAAAUUUGGUCGGACAGGAAAGGAUUGUCAUCCCAUAUUUCCGGCCCCUGCUGCUGCAAUAUUAGCAACACUUGUCGCAAGCUCUUUUCUGGCACUCCUGCUGUGGUCCAUAUACAAGGAUAGGAAGCGGCGAAUGAAGAAAGCAUGCUUCGACAACAACGGGGGUAAAAUACUGAAGGAAGCAGCUGGCAUUGUCAUAUUCGAAGAAGCCCAGCUGAAGAAAAUAACUAACAACUACAGUACCCCCAUCGGAAAAGGUGCUUUCGGCACCGUCUUCUUGGGAACAACCCACGACAAGCAGCGAGUUGCAGUUAAACGCUCUCAUGUCGACCACAACAAAGGAGGUCUAGUAGGUCCCGUUCAGCAAGGUGACGAUUUUGUGCGUGAGAUCACCUUCCAGUUCCAAAUCAGACACCGAAAUUUGGUUCGCCUGGUUGGGUGCUGCUUAGAGACAAACAUUCCUGUCCUGGUCUACGAGUAUAUUGGUAAUGGGAGCCUCUUCAACCUGCUUCAUGUCGGCACAGAUAAGGUGCUCCCACUGUGGACUCGACUCAACAUUGCCAUUGGCUCUGCAGAAGCUCUUGAUCAUAUGCACUCACACGGUGACCAGGACCGCAUCCACGGUGAUGUCAAAUCUGCCAACAUCCUUCUGGAUGACAAUCUCAUGCCCAAAGUCUCCGACUUUGGAUCGUCCAAGCUUUUGUCAGUCGGUAAGUAUGCCAGGGCCGUACCCGCUGAUACAAGAUAUAUGGACCCAGUGUAUAUGAAGACAAAUCGUUUUGUGGCCAAGAGUGAUGUCUAUAGCUUUUCAAUUGUUCUUCUUGAGUUGAUCACCCGGAAGACCGUCGACUACGGGCAAGAUAAAAUCAAUAGCCUCCCCAUUGUUUUUGACAAGUUUUUUAAGCAGAAGGGUAACGGAAGGGAGAUGUAUGACAGAAACAUUUUAUCUCAUGAUGGUGUUCAAUGUCAAUAUUGCAUAGAGUGCCUUGACAAGAUUGGUGCUCUGGCAAUCCAAUGUCUUAAGUAUGAUGUCGACGAGAGACCGACAAUGAAAGAGGUCGUGAAUGAAUUAACCAAAGCAGCCAAACUACUGGAUAAAUGCAAGCAGAUACCAUGACGAAGAAAGCCAUCCUGCAAGCAUGCUUGGUCAGAUCAUAUUCGCUAAUUUAUAGGGCUAGCUAUAUGGCUUUUCAAGGAGUUGUACUGUAUAUUUUUAUUUUCUGUAGAGAUGGGUGCGAUAAUGUGUCUGUUAUACUUUGUUGUAUUGUACAAUUCUGCAUAUUUAGAAAGACAUUGUAAGUUUGAUAUGUGAACUAUACAAUUCUAUAUAUAUAUGAACUACUAAACUGGGUACCAGACGCCAUCUGGCUGUUGAAACAAGAUA